AUGACAGAUUAUUUCGUAGGUUCAUCAGCCGUUUUACAAUAAACAGGAGCUGCCUAGAUUGCUGACUGGUCUGGCGGUGUCUCGUAGAAAUUCACAACUAACAGAAAGCAUGUACCAUAACCUUAAUUUAAAGAAGUGCCGCAUCCCUUGUAUUCGACCUUCGGCAAAAAACACUACGACCCAUAAUUGUCUGAUUCUUAUCAAUGGAAACCUACUAUAAGAGUUGACCCUGAUAAAGAUCAUGAACGCCAUGAUAGACCCAAGGGAACCAAGAAAAUUGAGCCUGAAUAUGCCAAUGUAAAAGAUAGAGCUGAAAGAAGGCACGUAGAGCCUAACCCAAGUGGAUCUCUAGAAGAUCUUGAGAUUGGAAGAAAAACUUUUAUUCAUCACAAUCGAAAAACAGUUGAUGAAGUGGCAACGGAAAAAAUGAUGGGAACUAAAAAGAGAAUAGAGACUUUAUAUGAUCAAAGGAAUGGUGUUCCUCUCAAGAGUCUCGGAGAUAAAAUAUACAAGGUUCCAGAAUACAUGCCUCACUUCUACAAAGAUGGAGGACUCAUUGUUGGUUCAACACACUAAAAGAAAAUAAAGACAAGUGGGAAUGCAAAAGCAAUUGAUUUUUAUGCAGGAUUAGAAUUGGGCAAAGGACCUUUAAAUCCUAAUAGAAAAUUGUGGGCUGAUGCAGUUAAAGAAGAAGCACUAAAUGAGGAACUAUCAGCUGUGCAGAAUUUAAAAAAAUGGGAGAAAAAUGUGCUUAAGGAAGUUGAUCCAAAGUAUUAGGUCUCAGAUGAUAGCGAUGAUGAGAAAAAGAAGUGA